AUGUCUUCAUGUUCUAGCUGUUCUGAUAGCAAAGUCACUUACACUGUUACCCAGUUGUUAAAUAAACUAAUCAAAAACCUCUGCCUUUAUGAUUUUCCGUGUGGUUACGGAAAUUGGGUUAUACACUGUAACGAGAAAUCAGUUGAUUUUCACAACAAAGAGACGGCAGGUUGUUACGAGAAGGUUGACGACUUGUACGAUUUCGUUAAAUUCCCAAGAUCGCCCUGGUGCACGUAUUGUGAAUGGAGCGAAGAUGCUUAUUAUCUGAAACAACUGGCUGUUUUGCGACCUGCUCUUAUAAAUGAAAAUUUCAUUAAAUGCUAUUUUAAAACUUUAAUUCUUAGAGAUAAAAAAAUAUUCGAAAUUGAUCCGGAUUUUGUACGGUUCAAAAAUUUGAAAAAACUAAUUUUGUCUGCUAACAUAAUUUCAAAACUUGACCCGAAAUGCUUUAACCGAAAAAUUCAGCAUCUGGAGUGCUAUGGUAAUGAGAUAAGCAACAUCGAGGAUUUCAGCAAACACCCACCUGCACUUUUCUAUUUAGGGCUUGGCCACAACAAAAUAUCGACUAUUAAAGACUGUUUUAAUGCUCAAUCAUGGCCCUGUUUGACUUCGUUGGAUCUGUGUUUGAAUGACCUGACAAACUUACCAGAUUUGUGCAAUCAGUUAAGUUCCUUGAGCGAUCCCGAUUUUAAAAGAUCCGAAAUCAACUUGUUUAUUUCCCACAUAAACGGUCUCCCUCCUUCCACGAACUAUUUCGAAUCCACUGAUGAGAUUCUUCAACGCCAGUUUCGUGUGGAGUACAAAUUUUUGAAAGGCGUCAGUAGGAAACAAACAACUGAACAACAAAACGAUUUUUUUAAAGAUUAUCAAUUUAACGCCAAAACUGAAUCGGAUGAGAUAACCAUUGAUACUUACAAGACAAAACUUCACGACUGGGCAGAAAUAGUUCAACUGAGAGAACUUAGAAAGUUUUUCUACCACGAUUUGCGGGAGUUGAAGAAAUUUCUCUGCGGACAUCUUGAAAUUUAUAUAAUGGAAAAAAAGACGUUGCUUAAGGCGAAGGAACUUCAGAUUGAGAGUAUUAGCAUAAAAACUGAUUACGAACUCGUUCAAGGCUUCGUGGUCCCACUGACUUCUCUGUUGAUGGGACAGAGACAGUUGAACUUGCUCAUCACUAAGAACAUGCGAGUGAAAACUAAACCAGCCGUACAAGCAGGAGAGUUGAAAAGUUCUGAAGAGGCAAAGAAAAGUAGACAAAAUAAGAAAAAGAAAAGCAGGACAGAGCUGAAAGAUGAUUCGAACACGGACGUGCUUUCGCCGACGAAAGAUGAAUUUGUCGAUCAAACUCUAGAAUUAGAAUUAAGUAUUCAGAUUGCUGACAAUUACUGA